CCCCUGACAAAACCCUAAUCACUGCACUAUAAACCACUCCAAUUACAAAACCCAUCUCCCUCCAUUUUUGCUCAAACGCUUCUCCACUCUCCACUCCAUUUUGAAGACCGCUCAUUCUCAUCCGCAAGCACAGAACGGCCGAAAUUUUCCGGCAAUCGGAGCUUGAAAUUCGAAUGGAGAACGCAGUGGAUCAAGAUCAACAAUGGCUUAUCAACUGCUUGAAUGCCACUCUGGACCCCAAUCACCAAGUCCGAUCCUUCGCCGAAACCUCUCUUAAACAAGCUUCCCUUCAACCAGGUUUUGGAGGCGCAUUGUCAAGAGUUGCUGCAAGCAGGGAGCUUCCUUUGGGAUUGCGCCAAUUAGCUGCAGUUCUUCUAAAGCAGUUUAUAAAGAAACACUGGCAGGAAGAUGAACCGGACUUUGAGCAUCCAGUUGUUUCAAGUGAUGAAAAGGAAGCUAUUCGUCGUCUACUCCUCACAUUGCUCGAUGAUCCUCACAGAAAAGUGUGCACUGCAAUAAGUAUGGCUGUAGCAUCUAUUGCGCAUUAUGAUUGGCCAGAGGACUGGCCUGAUCUCUUACCAACUCUAAUAAAUUGGAUUGUGGACCAAAUUAACAUGAAUGCUGUGCAUGGAGCAUUGAGGUGCUUGGCGCUUCUUUCUGCAGAUUUGGAUGAUAAGAUGGUUCCACAACUUGUUCCUGUUUUGUUCCCUUGUUUGCACAGAAUUGUAUCAUCUCCUCAGAUUUAUGACAAAGCUCUUCGCACAAAGGCCCUUUCUAUAGUUUAUGAUUGUAUUUCCAUGUUGGGGACAAUGAGUGGUGUGUACAAGACCGAGACAACUACUUUGAUGUUACCCAUGCUUCAACCCUGGAUCAAUCAGUUCUCUUCCAUUCUAGAACAGCCUGUGCCAUCUGAAGAUCCUGAGGAUUGGAGCAUCAGAAUGGAGGUUUUAAAGUGCUUGAAUCAGUCUGUCCAAAAUUUCCCUGGCCUUAUGGAAAGUCAGUUUAUGGUUAUUCUAGGGCCAUUAUGGCAGACAUUUGUAUCAUCUUUACGAGUGUACACGCAAGCAUCAAUUGAGGGUGUAGAUGAUCCAUAUGAUGGAAGAUAUGAUUCUGAUGGUGCAGAACAAAGCCUUGAAUCAUUUGUCAUCCAGUUAUUUGAGUUCCUAUUGACUAUUUUGGGCAGUAAAAGGUUUGUAAAGGUAAUUGCAAAUAACAUGAAGGAGUUGGUCUACUGUGCCAUUGCUUUUCUUCAGAUAACAGAACAGCAGGCUCACACAUGGUUGAUGGAUGCUAAUCAAUUUGUUGCUGAUGAGGAGGAUAAUACUUAUAGUUGUCGAGCUUCUGGUGCCCUGUUACUGGAAGAGGUCAUUAAUUCUUGUGGUGCAGAGGGAAUAGAUGCUAUACUUGAAUCUGCAGAGAAACGAAUUAAUGAGUCGCAGCAAGAGAAAACUGCUGGUUCCAUCGUUUGGUGGCGAAUUCGGGAGGCUACCCUUUUUGCUUUGGCAUCAGUGUCAGAACAAUUACUUGAAGCAGAGGUUUCUGGGAUUUCCAGAGCUAGAUUAGGAAAUAUUUUGGAGAAAGUUCUUACAGAAGACAUGGUGACUGGGGUUAAUGAAUAUCCCUUCCUUUAUGCUCGUAUGUUUUCAUCCAUUGCUAAAUUUUCCUCUGUGAUCAACCAGGGAAUUAUUCAGCAGUUUCUGUAUGCUGCUGUUAAGGCAAUUGGCAUGGAUGUGCCUCCCCCUGUAAAGGUAGGCGCUUGUCGAGCACUUUCCCAGCUUUUGCUUGAUGCAGACACUGGAACUCUUCAGCCACAUAUUAUGGAUUUGUUUUCAUCACUUACAGACCUUCUUAAACAUGCAUCUGAUGAAACAAUGCAUCUGGUGCUUGAGACACUACAGGCUACUGUCAAGGCAGGUCCUGAACUAUUGCCAUCAGUGGAACCCAUUCUCUCUCCUAUCAUCCUUAAUGUGUGGGCUUCACAUGUUUCAGACCCUUUUGCCAGCAUUGAUGCUCUUGAGGUUUUGGAGGCAAUAAAAAAUGCUCCUGGUUGCAUACAACCGUUGGUUUCUCGAAUUUUACCUUUUGUUGGGCCAGUGCUCACUAAACCACAACAGCAGUCUGAAGGUUUAGUAGCUGGUUCACUAGAUCUUCUAACAAUGUUGUUGAAGAAUGCACCAAAAGAUGUCAUCAAAGCUAUUUAUGACAUUUCAUUUGAUCCUGUUAUUAGGAUAAUCCUCCAAAGUGAUGAUCAUAGUGAAAUGCAGAAUGCAACCCAAUGCUUAGCUGCUCUUGUCUAUGGUGGAAAGCAAGACUUACUUGGAUGGGGUGGUGAUCCUGGAUUCACAAUGAAAUGCUUGCUUGAUGUAACCUCAAGGCUUUUGAAUCCUGAUCUAGAAAGUUCAGUCUCACUUUUUGUUGGGAGCUACAUUUUGCAACUUAUUUUGCACCUCCCUUCGCAAAUGGCACAUCACAUCAGAGACCUAGUUGCUGCACUUUUGAGGCGCAUGCAAUCUUGCGAAAUUUCUGCACUCAAGAGUUCAUUGCUGCUUAUUUUUGCCAGACUGGUCCAUAUGAGUGAUCCACAUGUUGAACAAUUCAUUGAUUUGUUGCUUGGACUACCAGCUGAAGACCAUCAUAACUCCUUUGCUUAUUUAAUGUUUGAAUGGACUAAAAUGCAAGGGGAAAUUCAGGGAGCCUACCAAAUCAAAGUGACAACAACUGCUUUGGCUUUAUUGCUAUCUACCAGGCAUGCUGAGUUGGAGAAAAUCAAUGUUCAAGGACAUCUUAUUAAGUCCUCUGCUGGGAUUACUACACGCUCAAAGGCUAAAACAGCUCCAGAUCAAUGGACAGUAAUGCCUCUUCCUGUGAAGAUUCUGGCUAUAUUGGCAGAUUCCUUAAUUGAAAUUCAAGAACAAGCUUUAGGAGAUGGUGAUGAGGAUGAUGACUGGGAGGAAGCCGAAGGUGGAGAUAUUGAAAGGGAUGAAGCUCUAUUGUUUGCAGCUGGUUCUACAUCCAAUAGCAGACCCAGUUAUGAGUAUCUUAAUGCAAUGGCUAAGGCUUUGAAUGAGGAUGACGAUGAUGGAUUUGAUGACGACCUUCAUUGUAGUGGUGACCCCCUAAACGAGAUAAAUCUGGUGAAUUAUCUUAAAGAUUUUCUUCAGAAGUUUUGUCAUAGCAGUGAAGCACUCUUUCACCAUCUUUUAAAGAGCUUAACCAGAGCUCAACAGGAAGCAAUCCUGACGGUGCUGAAUCAAUGAGGGCGUUUUGAGAAAUAUUGCUUUGUCCAUCAUUGCAGCGCAUUCUGAAAGCUCAGCAAGAAGCCAUUCUGAUGGUGAUGAUUGACGAAUCAAUGACAACUUGUUUGUUGUGCUGAAUGUUUUCCUUGAUAUUGUUUGACCUCGAGAACUUUUUUUUUUUUUUUUUUUGAUUGUUCUAAUUCCAUUGUGCUCGAGAGAGAGAGAGUGGUUGUGGGUUGUAAAGUGGCGGGCGGUUUGUCAUUCUUAUCGUUAGUUUCGUCUGAUUGAAGUGUGUAUAAGUUAGGAUAACAUUCUUGUAACCUCGGAUGCUCGUUUAUGUCUGGGAGGUGGAAGUGCAUUGUGUGUCUGGUGCUAAGAUUGGAUUUAUUCAUUUGUAUAUCGACAUUUCUCAUAAAACUUUAGUGAAGAUGACUAUUGUUGAAGUCCAGGAA